GUCUUCCGGCGAUCAGCAGCCAAUAACUUUCAAAGACAUCCAAAGAUUUGUGGUUCAGUGAGUACCCACUGAAAUUCAGUGCAUAGAUAGAAACAUCGUUAGGGGUUUUGCUGUUCUCCCCAUCCAUUUCAUCUCUCUGUUAAAUUCAGUUGAACCAACUACACCAUAGCUCUGUUUCGAUUUCUUCACACUUUCAGUCUGUACUAUUAUCCUCUUUCCACGCAAGGAAAAAAUAAUAAAUACUACUAUGACCGCGCUACUACUUCGUACGUUUCUCCCUUCCCCUCUCACAUGCCGAACUCCGCCGCCACCAACACCAACACCUCCUCUAAUCCGCGGUCCCAGGUUUGGUGAACUUACUACGUCCGCACGUGUGAGACUCACCCGUACAAACGCGACGGCGCCGACCAAACCACGCACACUGCAGGAAGGUAUAGCCGAGCUCUACGACGAGUCCUCCGGUAUCUGGGAGGAAAUAUGGGGCGACCACAUGCAUCAUGGCUUCUACGACCCCGAUUCAUCUGUUUCCCUCUCUGCUUCCGAUCACCGGGCUGCCCAGAUCCGAAUGAUCGAUCAGGCUCUCUCUUUUGCUGGAAUUUCCGAGGACCUGGCGAAUAAGCGAGUGGUGGAUGUUGGGUGUGGGAUAGGAGGCAGUUCCAGAUACUUGGCAACUAAGUAUGGAGCUCAAUGUGAAGGCAUCACCUUGAGCCCCGUCCAGGCUGAAAGGGCCAAUGCUCUUGCUGCAUCUCCAGGGCUAGCAGACAAGGUUUCUUUUCAAGUUGCAGAUGCUUUGGAUCAACCAUUCCCUGAUGGCCAAUUUGAUCUAGUCUGGUCUAUGGAAAGUGGUGAACACAUGCCUGACAAAGCAAAGUUUGUUAAUGAGUUAGUGCGAGUUGCAGCGCCAGGAGGCACAAUUAUAGUAGUGACAUGGUGCCAUAGGGAUCUUGCUCCUUCUGAAGAGUCUUUGCAACCCUGGGAGAAAAACCUCUUGAGCAGGAUAUGUGAUGCUUAUUAUCUUCCAGAGUGGUGUUCCACUGCUGACUAUGUCAAAUUACUCAAGUCCCAUUCUGUCCAGAAGGUGAUUCAUGAAUUUCAAAUGUUUGAACAAUUUCUUGCCUACAUAAAUGAAAUUGAACUACUGAAUUUCCUCUAUCUGAGUGCAAUGCAGGAAGUAAAGAGAGCUGAUUGGUCUCAGUAUGUUGCCCCGUUCUGGCCUGCAGUGAUACGGUCAGCACUGACGUGGAAGGGCCUAACAUCACUACUACGCAGUGGAUUGAAAACUAUAAAAGGAGCAUUGGUUAUGCCGUUGAUGAUUGAAGGAUUCCAGAAAGGUGUCAUAAAGUUGGCUAUCAUCACGUGCCGAAAGCUCGAUUAAGUGCUAGAUGUAACCUCUAACAGUAUAUUGAAUAAAGUUGUGAUUCAAACAGGAUGGGGUGAUGGCUAAUAGAAUGAUGGUUGAUAUUCUUUAAAGUUGCCUUUCAGCUAUUCUUUUAUUAUUAUUAUUAUUAUUAUUAUCAUUAUUAUCAUUAUUAUUAUUAUUAUUAUUGUUAUUAUUAUCUUUUAUUUUUUUAUUUGAGCCCUGCUUUUUAACUAUUCCAAUUUAAUUAUUGUGUCUAGUUUUGGAGGCUUUUGUUUCUUGGCUCAACCAAAGCAUGGGUACGUUUUUCCUUUACUCUCUACGCAUUCUUUAAGUGUUAUUCGAAUCAACAUGUUUCCUCUACCCUCUAGAUAUAUUAUUCUGUGCAGUGUUAUUGGAUAGCAGUAAAUAGCAAGAAGGCCAAAAAUUGCUAUGAUAACGUAGCGGAUAGCGAAGCAGCUACUAUUGACAACAUAGUGGCAAAAAUUUUUAAAAAAAUUAAAUAUGGUUAAAAAUUAACAUACUUGCUAAUAAGAAGGUUUAAAAUGACCUAAUAAUAACCAUUUGUGGGCAACUAGGACAUGUUGCUACAUCUCCCUUAAUCCUUAUCUGGUGCCACUUUGUUCUAGUUAUCCCACCAGUUUUAAUUUUGUUGUAAAAGUUACACAUCACACAAAUUGUGUUAUUAUGAUCUACCAAUUUGUUGUAUUUCUUCCCAAUAUCUUCUUUUGAUUUCUUUGAUUUUGAGGAGUUCCUGGUGGAUCCACUUUCACUUGCCAUGUUUGUUAAUCCACGAAAAAAAUAAUAAACCAUUAAUGGAAAUCAAAUAAAUGAUGUAAGGAGAGUCUUCAAAUAAGAGAAUAAAUUAAUU